CGGCGCGGCGCGGGCCGCCACCAUGGAGCCGCAGCGCAGGGAGCUGCUCGCUCAGUGUCAGCAGAGCCUGGCCCAGGCCAUGACCGAGGUGGAGACCGUGCUCGGGCUGCUGGAGGCCGCCGGGGCGUUGAGCCCGGGCGAGCGGCGGCAGCUGGACGAGGAGGCUGGAGGCGCCAAGGCGGAGCUCUUGCUCCAGCUGCUCCUGGCCAAGGAGCAGGAUCACUUCCAGGACCUGCGUGCCGCGCUGGAGAAGACGCAGCCUCACCUGCUGCCCAUUCUCUACCUGAACGGCGUCGUCGGGCCGCCGCAGUCCGCAGAGGGCGCGGGCUCCACCUACAGUGUCCUGUCCAUCAUGCCCUCAGACUCGGAGAGCAGCAGCUCCCUCAGCAGUGUGGGGACUACUGGGAAGGCACCGUCCCCGCCACCCCUCCUUACUGAGCAGCAGAUCAGUGACAAGGUGGAGAACCUCUCCAUUCAGCUACGGCUGAUGACCCGUGAGAGGAACGAGCUACGCAAGCGCCUGGCCUUCGCCACCCAUGGAGCCACCUUUGACAAGAGGCCCUACCACAGGCUGAAUCCUGAUUAUGAGAGGCUUAAGAUCCAGUGUGUGCGGGCCAUGUCGGACCUGCAGAGUUUACAGAACCAGCACACCAACGCCUUGAAGAGGUGCGAGGAGGUGGCCAAGGAGACAGACUUCUAUCACACCCUCCACAGCCGGCUCCUGAGUGACCAGACUCAGCUGAAGGAUGACGUGGACAUGCUGAGACGGGAGAACGGGAAGCUGCUGCGCGAGCGGAACCUCCUGCAGCAGUCCUGGGAGGACAUGAAGCGACUCAGGGAGGAGGACCAGAAGGAGAUAGGUGAUCUCCGGGCCCAGCAGCAGCAGGUGCUGAAGCACAACGGCUCCUCAGAGAUCCUCAACAAGCUGUAUGACACAGCCAUGGACAAGCUGGAAGUGGUCAAGAAGGACUAUGAUGCCCUGAGGAAGAGGUACAGCGAGAAGGUCGCCAUGCACAACUCAGACCUGAGCCGCCUGGAGCAGCUGGGGGAGGAGAACCAGCGCCUGCAAAAGCAGACGGAGAUGUUGACUCAACAGAGGGACACAGCCAUCCAGUUGCAGCAUCAGUGCGCCCUCUCUCUGAGGAGGUUUGAGACAAUCCACCACGAGCUGAGCAAAGCCACAGCUCAGAACAAGGACCUUCAAUGGGAGAUGGAGUUGCUGCAGUCUGAGCUGACAGAGCUGAGGAGCAAGCAGGUGAAAACUGCCAAGGAAUCUGAGAAAUACAAGGAGGAACGCGACGCGGUGUACAGCGAGUACAAGCUCAUCAUGAGCGAGCGCGACCAGGUCAUCUCCGAGCUGGACAAGCUACAGACAGAGGUGGAGCUGGCAGAAUCCAAACUCAAGAGCAGCACAUCUGAGAAGAAGGCAGCCAGUGAGGAAAUGGAGGCCCUGCGGCAGAUCAAAGACACAGUGACCAUGGAUGCUGGGAGAGCCAACAAAGAGGUGGAAAUCCUCCGAAAGCAGUGCAAGGCGUUGUGCCAGGAGCUGAAGGAAGCCCUCCAGGAAGCAGAUGUGGCCAAGUGCCGGCGGGACUGGGCCUUUCAGGAGCGGGACAAGAUUGUGGCAGAGCGUGACAGCAUCCGGACUCUGUGUGACAAUCUGAGGCGGGAGCGGGAUCGGGCUGUGAGUGAGCUGGCUGAAGCCCUUCGUAGCCUGGACGACACCCGGAAGCAGAAGAAUGAUGUCAGCCGUGAACUUAAGGAGCUCAAGGAGCAGAUGGAGUGCCAGCUGGAGAAGGAGGCCCGGUUCCGGCAGCUGAUGGCCCACAGUUCCCACGACUCAGCCAUUGACACGGAUUCCAUGGAGUGGGAGACAGAAGUUGUGGAGUUUGAGAGAGAAACGGAGGAUAUAGACUUGAAAGCGCUUGGGUUUGACAUGGCAGAAGGUGUGAAUGAGCCUUGUUUUCCUGGGGACUGUGGCAUAUUUGUUACCAAAGUGGACAAAGGAAGUAUUGCUGAUGGUCGCUUAAGGGUCAACGACUGGCUGCUGAGAAUCAACGACGUGGACCUCAUCAACAAGGACAAGAAGCAGGCCAUCAAGGCGCUCCUCAAUGGAGAUGGAGCCAUCAACAUGGUCGUGAGGCGGAGGAAGUCCCUGGGUGGAAAGGUCGUUACCCCCCUGCACAUCAACCUUAGCGGACAGAAAGACAGUGGCAUCAGUUUGGAAAACGGAGUGUAUGCUGCUGCUGUGAUGCCUGGAAGCCCCGCCGCCAAAGAGGGGUCUCUCGCCGUGGGAGACAGGAUUGUCGCGAUCAAUGGUAUUGCACUGGACAAUAAAUCUCUGAAUGAAUGUGAAUCUCUGCUGCGAAGCUGUCAAGACUCCUUGACCCUCUCCCUCCUGAAGGUGUUUCCCCAGAGCUCCUCGUGGAGUGGCCAGAACAUCUUUGAAAAUAUCAAGGACUCAGAUAAGAUGCUGAGUUGUCGAGCGCACGGCCCAGAGGUCCAGGCACAUAACAAACGGAACUUGUUACAGCACAAUAACUCCACACAGACAGACAUCUUCUACGCAGAUCAACUGGAGGACAGGAAGGAGCUGGGCCCCCCUGGAGGCAGCAGUUCUUUCCUGCACAAGCCAUUCCCUAGAGCCUCCUCUCCAGCCUCUCCCCAGGCCUGUCCUAGCACCUCGGAGCGUAGUCUGAACUCAUUCCGUUCCGAUGCCUCUGCUGAACGUGGCUAUGGGCUGGUGGACGGGCAGAGCCAGCAGCCUCUGCUGUCUUUUGAGACUAGGGUGGGCCCCUGUGGGAUAGUAGAGGCUCCCCUGGACAAGGUAGAUCCGGACGGCUCCAGCAGUGGUGGGACCUGGCCCAAGGCUGUGCUUGGUUCCACGUCAGUACCUGAGAAGCUCUCUGUCUACAAGAAACCCAAGCAAAGGAAGUCCAUCUUUGACCCAAAUACUUUCAAGCGCCCACAGACACCCCCCAAAAUAGACUACCUGCUUCCAGUCCCUGGGCUUUCUCACUCCCCGCAGCCCUCCAAUAGGGUAGGGUCUCUGACACCCCCAAAGCCCCCCAGGAGAAGUGACUCUAUCAAGUUUCAACACAGGCUGGACACCAGUUCUGAGUCAGAAGCCACUUUGGUGGGAAGCUCACCUUCCACCAGCCCUCCAAGUGCCCCACCCCCCAGCAUGGACCCUGGGGAGCCCAUGCAUGCUUCAUCCACACACAAGGCAAGGGUCCACAUUGCCUCCAGCUACCACUCUGAAGGGGAUGGAGAAACCUACCUGCCUGCCAAGAAGUCCUGUGAUGAGGACCUCACCUCCCAGAAAGCGGACGAGCUAGGACCGAAGCGGCGCCGGCCAAAGUCUGCCCCUAGUUUUCGGCCCAAGAUUGCUCCAGUAGUGAUCCCUGCUCAGUGCCUGGAGGAACAGGACUGUGAUCCAACCAGCGGAGAACUCUCCCCAGAGGUUCAGGAAUGGUCCCCGUACUCACCAGGGCAUGCUAGCCGGCAUGGCAACCCCCCACUCUACCCCAGCCGGCCAUCUGUGGGCACUGUUCCCCGGAGUAUGACUCCUAGCACCACUGUGAGCUCCAUCCUGCGGAACCCCAUCUACACCGUGCGCAGCCACAGGGUGGUUCCCUGUAGCUCUCCACCCAUGUCCCGCGAUGCUGGCCCCCAGGGCCUGUCUCCCAGUGUCCAGCACCAGGGACGCCUCAGCCUGGACCUGAGUCACAGGGCCUGUGACUAUUCUGAGAUGAGAGCCUCCCAGGGUUCCAACUCUCUGCCCUCCAGUGCUCGUCUUGGGUCUUCCAGUAACCUGCAGUUCAAGGCAGAGAGGAUUAAGAUCCCAUUAACACCAAGAUAUCCCCGGUCUGUCAUGGGCUCUGACAGAGGUUCAUUGUCACAUUCUGAAUGCAGCACUCCUCCCCGGUCCCCACUGAACAUCGAUACCCUGUCCUCCUGUAGCCAGCCUCAGACCUCAGCCUCCACAUUGCCCAGAAUUGCUGUCAACCCCACUUCCCAUGGGGAGCGGAGAAAGGACAGGCCUUACCUGGAGGAGCCACGCCAUGUGAAAGUGCAGAAGGGUUCAGAGCCUCUGGGAAUCUCCAUCGUGAGUGGAGAGAAAGGUGGUGUCUACGUCUCCAAGGUGACCACAGGGAGCAUCGCCCACCAGGCCGGCCUUGAGUAUGGGGACCAGUUACUUGAGUUCAAUGGCAUAAACCUGAGGAGUGCCACCGAGCAGCAGGCCCGGCUGAUCAUCGGACAGCAGUGCGAUACCAUCACCAUCCUGGCCCAGUACAACCCACACAUUCACCAGCUCAGUAGCCACUCCCAUUCCAGCUCCCACCUGGACCCUGCUGCCACCCCUCACUCUACUCUCCAGGGCAACAGUGCUGUAACCCCAGAACAUCCCUCUGUCAUUGAUCCGCUGAUGGAACAGGAUGAAGGCCCUGGCACCCCCCCAGCCAAGCAAAGUAGCCCCAGCUCCAGCUGGCGCUCUUUCCCUGCUCAGUAUGGCAACCAGGAUGUGCGCAGCAGGACGGUAGAGGAUGUCUAUGUGGAGAUGUUGAAGCCAAAGGAUAAUAUCCGCCUGAAGGUGCAGUAUCGCCAUGAGGAAUUCUCCAGAGUCAAGGGCCUGCCUGGUGACAGCUUCUACAUCAGGGCCCUAUAUGACCGUCUGGCAGAGGUGGAGCCUGAACUGAGUUUUAAGAAAGAUGACAUCCUGUAUGUGGAUGACACAUUGCCCCAGGGCAUGUUUGGGUCCUGGAUGGCUUGGCAGCUGGAUGAGAAUGCCCAGAAGAUCCAGCGUGGGCAAAUUCCCAGUAAAUAUGUGAUGGACCAAGAGUUCUCAAGGAGGCUUAGCAUGUCAGAGGUCAAAGAUGACAACACAGCAAAGACACUGUCAGCAGCUGCACGUCGGUCCUUCUUCCGCAGGAAGCAUAAACACAAACGCAGUGGGUCUAAAGACGGCAAAGAUCUGCUCGCCCUGGACACCUUUUCCAAUGACUCCAUUCCACUCUUUGAAGACUCAGUGAGCCUGGCCUAUCAGCGGGUCCAGAAGGUGGACUGUACCUCUCUGCGGCCUGUCCUCAUCCUGGGGCCUUUACUGGAUGUGGUGAAGGAGAUGCUGGUCAGUGAAGCACCUGGCAAGUUCUGCAGAUGCCCGCUUGAGGUGAUGAAGGCCUCCCAGCAAGCCAUCGAGCGGGGUGUCAAAGACUGCCUAUUUGUGGACUACAAGCGGAGGAGUGGCCAUUUUGACGUUACCACCGUGGCUUCGAUAAAGGAGAUCACAGAAAAGAACCGGCACUGUCUUCUGGACAUCGCACCGCAUGCCAUCGAGAGGCUGCACCAUAUGCACAUCUACCCCAUUGUCAUCUUCAUCCGCUACAAGAGCGCCAAGCACAUCAAGGAACAAAGAGACCCUGUCUACCUGAGGGACAAGGUGACACAGAGGCAUUCCAAAGAGCAAUUUGAGACGGCACAGAAGAUUGAUCAAGAGUACAGCAGGUACUUCACAGGGGUUGUCCAAGGAGGAGCCCUGUCGGGCAUUUGCACUCAGAUCCUGGCAAUGGUCAAUCAAGAACAAAGUAAAGUCCUGUGGAUCCCUGCUUGCCCACCUUAGCAGAAAGCUGGACCAGAGGAAACUCCAUGACCAUGGUGGGGACAGCUGGCUGACUCUUUCAGCUACUAGAUGUCUGUCUUUCUGUGGACAAGCUGGUAAGGACCUGGAACCAGGACUCCAGCAACACCUCCUUUGUAAGCAGAGAGCCACCAAGAUUUGGGCCCAGCUGGUGGAUGGCACACUCACGCAUGGCCACUUUGAAACAGAAAAGCAGAAACACAAAAGACUUGAUCCUCCCUUAGCCAGCUGAGCAGAGGUGCUGUGCCCAGGACCUCGCUAAUCAGAAGUUUACAAGCCUUUUCUAAGUAUUUGGUUGUCUAUGUUUACUUGAAUAGCUCUAUGUUGUCGGUGCCCAGCCCUUGAUCCCAACACCCUCUGUCACUUCCUUUUGGUUUGAUGUUCCUGUCUUGGUCAGGAACCUUGUUCCUGCUUUGCUACAGGAGGUUCCUAUCAGUAGGACCAGAGCUGUGACAGACUUCCUGUUCCUCGAUGGCCCCUCUCCUGGAAGAUAUCACAACUGCAGGUGCUCAGACCACUGUUGGUACCAGAACCAGUGCCUUGGUGGGGCCCACUUGCCGUGGCAGCACUUUCUUUCCACACCCUGAAGGAAGUUUUGGCAUUCUUGCAGAUUCACCUCUUGUCCUUCCUCCUGCAUCCCUGGCCUCUUAUUUCUUCUCCAGCUGUGUUUAUAUUUAAGCAUCAUGUCUAGUCCAUCAGGGCUUCGUGGUUCCUAGAUGACACAGUUGGAUCCUCAGCUGGGGGGCGGGG